GAUCUAUAAACACACUAGAUUGUUCUGUUCCUGUAACUGCAGUAGUUAAUGUGUCAUCCAUAUUACUUGGUUCUCACAAUGUUUUCAAACACGCUGUUGAAAACCCUCACUGUUCCAGUUAUCACCUCACUUCCUGUAGUUUAGUAAUUCUGACUUUCGGAUAUUUUCGGGCGACGGGACCUGGUGCUGCUCUGAACCUCCAAUCCUCGGACCGCAGGCCCUGAUCCAGUUCGAGGCCAUGGCGGACUUUUCGCUUGCUGACGCAAUCUCAGAUGAUGUUUCUAGUGAAGCAUCGAAAACUAAACACACCAAUCCAUCAGCUCCUGGAAAUGGGGCUCCACCCCCCACUAAUCCUGGCUGGCCUGGUGCAGCCCCUGGUGGCCCUCAUUUCCCACCCUCAGGAGGCCCUGCCCAACCAACAGCACCUGGCUUCCCUCAGACUGGGCCCUCUGCCCCAGGUCCCUUUCCACCUGGCCCAGGAGCCCCGGGCCAGUUUCCCGGAGCCCCUGCUGCCCCAGGUGGAUACCCUCCAGGACCGGGCGUACCUGGACAGUUCCCCUCCAACCCUGGAGCUCCAGGACAGUUCCCUUCAAUGCCAGGUCAGUUCCCACCAGGUGGGGCACCCGUGCCAUACCCCGUUCCUGGACAGUUCCCCUCCCCACCUGGGGCUCCACAGGGCCCAUAUCCAAGCGUGCCUUACCCGCCAGGUCCAUCUGGACCUGGCAUGUACGGCCCAGGAGGACCUGGUGCCUUUCCACCAGAUGGAGGCCCCGGAUAUGGAGGAGGAAUGUUUCCCCCAGUACCACCAGGAUCCUGGGGUCCACCCGGAGGGGGCUUCCCUCCUCAACCUGGCCCACCGGGAGGCUUCGGUCCAGGGCCCAUGGGACCAUACGGAGGGCCUGCAGCUCCAGGUGGAAUGCUGCCAUUGCCGUAUGAUCUUCCGCUGCAUGCAGGGAUAAUGCCCUGCCUCGUGAUUACUAUAGUGGGUGAGCCAGUACCAGGAGGAAACAGGUUCCAUGUAGAUUUUGUGAGGGGGCAUGACGUGGUUUUCCAUUUCAGCCCUCAUUUCCAUGAGAACACCAUCGUACGGAACACACAGCUUGGGGGCUGCUGGGGUCCGGAGGAGAGGCACGGAGGAUUUCCCUUUGUGCAGGGCAGACAGUUUGAGCUGAAGAUCCUGGUGGAGGCGGAUGGGUUUAAGGUGGCUGUGGAUGGCGUUCAUCUGCUGGAGUUUGAGCACAGAACAGGCGGGAUGGAGGAUGUCACUCACCUGCACAUCGAGGGAGACCUCGUUCUGUUCAGCGCGGCCCCCAGCAUGAUCUAAAUCCCAGGGGCGUAGGAGCAGUUUGACAAUGUUGAGGAGACACAUGUAGUCAUUGGUCCUUGAAAAGUAUAGAUUAUCUUCAGAAAGCACCAUAACUGAUAGUUGAUAGUUGAAUGAUGAUAGUUAACCUUUUGCAUGUACACUGCUGUUUAAAAGUUUGGGAUCAGUAAGAUUUUUAAUGUUUUUAAUGGAGUCUCUU